CUGAUACAUGACCUAUAAAUACAGUUCACUCGCAUCCUGGAAGUUCUCUUGCGCUUUCGGUUUACGAAUUACUUCGACCGCAUUCGAACAUGGAUUUUUUUCAACCCAGAAAACUUAAAUCUGGAAAACCAACUCAAAGAAUCGUAUGGCUUAGUGGAUUUUUUAAUUUCUCGAGCUAAGAAGGGCGAAGCAUCUUGCCAAAUUCACCUUGAUAUACCGCUUAUUCUAGCGGUCAAAGGAUUCGUUGAGAAGGACACCGAGAAAGCUAUUGGCUGAUUGUUUUAAUCCCUUGGUUUUACAAGAACUUGGUCAGUUACUGGAUCUUACGGGAGAGCCACACAACCAGCGAAAGGCGUACGAUUUGUAUCACAAGGCAGCCCGUCUGGGAAGUACUUCUGCACAGCUUAAUUUAGCUGAAAUAUAUCGAUAUGGAGUCGGGUAGUGGUAGACGAAGAUAUCAAAGAAGUGUUUGAAUGGUACAAAAAGGCGGCAGGGGAAAGUACAGUCGAACUUAGUAAAAGAGGGGAUCUUUAGGUCUUCUUAUUGCUGGAACUAUGAACAAAAUUGAGAAUUCUCGUGAUGAUUUUCGACAUAAAGCUUUGACAUCUUUGUACAAGUAUUAUCUUCUUGGUGAUUGCCCAGAAGGGAAACCGCAACCAACGAAAGCUGUUCACUAUUUGACCAGAGCCGUGGAACUAGGAAAUACUGAGGCCCGGCUGAACCUUAGACAGAUAUAUUUGGAAGGAAGUUGGGAGCAGAUUAGGGACUUAAGGAAGGCGAAACGGUGGCUUGAAAAAGCUUCUGCUAGCGGUUAUGUCGAAGCUAAUGAGGUUGCUGUUGGGACUGUUCUUUUAAUGUGUAGAAAUUUACAGACAGGCACCAUUUAGGCAUCUUUUGAAGUUGAUCCUCUUAGCAUGUGCUUCUUUUAGCUUUUUUUGCAGUGGUGCUGUUGUUGUUGUUGGUUUUUUACCUGCUUUUUAUUUCGUCGAGCCCAAAAGUACUGUAAGGGAGAAUACAAUCUAAAAUCGGAAUUAUGUACCUUGACACAAUGAAGUGCCUGAUUUUGUUGUAGCUGUGGGAAUGGGUACACCUCAAACGAAGCUUGCACCACUUUCUCGAGUUGCAGUUCACAUGAUGAAGAUAUAAAGAUUCUUCAUGACAAAGCACUGAAUUUUGCCAAAAAUGGCAACAAAUACAGCAAUGUUGAUGUUUGAAUUCUCCCAAGGUGCCAUUUAUAUAUGGUAGGAUGUGAUGUGGUUGCCACUGUUAUCAAUA